AGCGUGGAUACUGCAGACCCAAUCGCUAAGGUUUCUUUGUCUGAUUUUGGAUAUACGCCUCUAACUGUACAAUUCUAUCCAUCUUUCUCCGUCAUUUAUUCUCUGGCGCAGAAACACAGCCUUGAAUAUAUGGUUGGCAUGGUGAAAAACAUCUCAAGGCUGAAGUCGCAAGUGGAAAAUAUUUUCUUUGCGCUGAAGCUUGCUGUUGGAGAUGAUCGAUUUGUAGACCAUCUUGGUCAGCUAAUGCUGGACCUUUUAAACGAUGAAGCAUUUCACGAGGCAUUUGUCGGGUUACAUAUUGAGGGUCCGUAUCCGUAUCCGUAUGUGCUCGCCCUUGUAGAGGCUUACUCAAUGACAAAAAGUGACCUAGAGCGAGUUGAGUGUCUCAGGAGAGACGCCGCAUUGGGAUUCGUUUUGCAACGCAAAACAGAUGCCAUUUGCUUUAUGAGUGAAAUGUUGAGCAUCAUAUUGGGGUACUGGAGUAGCCCAGAGUUUUGCCUGAAGUUGCGUCGAGCGAUUAAUAGAAAUGAUGCAGCCAGGGAAGUUCCACUGGUGACUAGAAUUAUUAAAGUUGAUGUUCCACCCUCUAUUGAGGGCCUUAAAGAAGCAUUGGCGACUAGGUUCAAUGGUGAUAAACUUCAGAGUAUGUGUGAACUG